GUCUGCUGGAGUGCUUUACCAGGUGACUGAUCCUCUCCAUUAAGGACCCUGGGUCUCUCUCUCUCUCUCUCUCUCUCUCUCUCUCUCUCUCUCUCAGGAUUAAUGAAAGGCGUGAAUUCUGCGGAACGAUAGGAUUUGGGCGCAUGCAAGUUUCUUCUUGUGGCUUUUGGUCUGUUGGAAAUAGCAGGAGUUCAGGAUGUAACUUUUCUCGGUGUUGGGGAUUAUGCUCUGUCACGAUGUGGCAGGUCGGCGGGAUCCGUGGCUCUUAUCUGUCCAAACUCCACUCCGUGAGCGCGCGCUUCUUCAUGCCGAGCUCCCGGUGCUGAAUGAAAGCUCGGUAUUGAACUGGAACAGCGGUCAGAGACAGGUAGAGCUGUCCAUUUUCUGUCCAGCAUGAACAGAGUGUCAUGUGUAAGCGUCGUCAUGGUUAUCGCCCUGCUUUGGACGAACCUCUCUGACGGCCAGCUCGCACUGGACCACAAGAAGGUUGCUCCUAGACCCGCGGUCGAGCCUCAGAUUUUGGACAGUGAGUCUUCUGGAUCAUGGGGCUCUUGGGGUCCAUGGGGUGAAUGCUCUCGCUCCUGUGGUGGUGGCGUACAGGAGCAGAGCAGGCCAUGCUUACGCACGUACAGCACCCCGUCCACAGUUUAUUCCUCCAGACAGGGUCCUCAAACGGGGCAACAGGAUCCGAGUAUGGUCAUAUCGGCAUUAAGACCCUCUGUCCCUGUGCAACAUGGUAAUAACAGGCCUCUUCCUGACGCUCAGGGGUCACAACAUACCAGUCAGCGGGAGACGAGAAAGCAGCAGAGUGAAGCACGGCCUGGGAGGCGGCGAGGAGGCAGCAAUCGGAUCAGCCCCGGGAUGUACGGAUACGGGAAGAUGCCGUACGUGGUCUCCUCACAGAGAGAUUCUGGACACACGGCGUACAGCCAGCGGAAAUCUCGCUCGCCAUCUCACCACAGAUACAACAGCUACAGACAGCAGCAGAAGAAGUACAAAAAUGCUCAGCCCUCGCAAAAUACCCAUCACAGUAUGAGCCAGACAGCAUCCUGGGUUCCCCUCCACCAGCCGGGCUCGGUUCUCCAGUCGCCGGCGGAGCCGAACUCUCCUGGCACACUGACGUCAGGUUUUAGCCAAGCUUCAGAUCCUGGGAGAUCUCAUAACCCAAACCUGCUGCCUGCUUCCUCCUGCUCUGGAGCUGCCAGUCAGUACAAGAUGUGCAACCUGAAUUCUUGUCCCCUUGCCAGCAGGAAUAUCAGAGACGUCCAGUGUUCCUCCUAUAACAAUCACCCCUUCAUGGGCCGGCUCUAUGAAUGGGAACCUUUCAACGAAGUUCCUGGAGAUCAGCUCUGCGAGCUCAACUGCCGCGCGAUCGGACAUCGUUUCUACGUCCGUCAGUCGGGACGGGUCAUCGACGGGACGCCGUGUGGACAGAACGAGACGGCCAUCUGCGUGGCUGGGACGUGUCAGAGUCCAGGAUGUGAUGAGCUGUUAGGUUCAGGGAAGGUGCUGGAUAAGUGUGGUGUGUGCGGCGGGGACAACACGGCAUGUCGGCUAGUUUCUGGACUGUUCCAGCACAGCCUGUCGAAAAUGGGCUACCACAAGAUCGUAGAAAUCCCACAGGGAGCCACCAAAAUCAACGUCACUGAGAUGGUCAAGAGCCAAAACUACCUCGCUUUGCGGAGUCGCUCUGGACGUUCCAUCAUUAAUGGAAACUGGGCCAUCGACCGACCUGGAAAGUACGAAGGAGGAGGGACGAUGUUCACUUACAGACGGCCCAAUGAGAUCAGCAGCACUGCCGGAGAGUCCUUUCUAGCAGAAGGGCCAACCAAUGAGAUCCUGGACGUCUAUAUGAUCUACCAGCAGCCCAAUCCUCGAGUGCACUACGAGUACAUCCUUCCUUCUGAGAACUCCGUCAGCACGACCACUAACACUGAGCAGGGUAACACAGUGACCGGUGGAGCGGGAUACGAUCAGUACGGCAGAAGGCCGACUCAGGACGGACAUGAACGAACAGGUGGACACAGGACCCCAUCUCACGUACCUGACAACCAGGUACCACCUCGCAGGCACAGAGAACACAACUGGAAACUCACGGGCACGACUGACUGCAGCGCCUCCUGUGGCAGAGGAAUCAGGCACACUGUGUUCGGCUGUGUGCAUCGAGUCACUCACGAGCGUGUGUCUGACAGUCACUGUGACAGCGCUACUAAACCCAGCCCACAGGAGGAGCCCUGCAAUGUCCAGCCAUGUCCCGCAUUUUGGGAUAUUGGCGAGUGGUCGGAGUGCAGUAAGACGUGCGGCCUCGGCAUGCAGCACCGACAGAUCCUGUGCAGACAGUUUUACAUCAACCGCACCCUCACCGUACCCGCAAAGCGCUGUGAGCACCUGGAGCGUCCCGAGAGCAGCAGUACCUGUCAGCUGAAGAUCUGCAGCGAGUGGCAGAUUCGCUCGGAGUGGAGUUCUUGCUCCAUGCCCUGUGGUGUAGGUCAGAGAACGCGUGAGGUGCACUGCGUCAGUAAUGUGGGAGAUAUUGUAGAGGAUGAAGAGUGCAACAUGAACCUUCGUCCCCGUGACAUCGAGAACUGUGACAUGGGGCCGUGUGCUAAGAGCUGGUUCUACACAGACUGGGGUGAGCAGUGUUCGGCAGAGUGUGGCUUUGGCGUGCGAAGCCGUGGUGUUGUGUGUCUCUCUAACCUGGUGAGCAGUGUGCCACUGGAGGGCUGUGGUACAGAGCGCCCCCCUCUGGCUCAGCCGUGCAACAACGGGCCAUGUGAAAGCCGCACCGAGUGGUUCGCUGGGCCCUGGGGUCAGUGCUCAGCGGUGUGUGGAACAGGAAGUCAGCAGAGGACAGUGGUGUGUAUGAUGAAGGCUGAUGAGAGCUAUGUGGUGAUGCCGCUCUAUGAAUGCUCUUCUCUGGAUAAACCUCUCAGCCAACAGAGCUGCACUGUGAAGGCCUGUGGAGCCAAGUGGUACUAUACUGACUGGAGUGCAUGUUCAAAGACAUGUGAGGGGGGAUUUCGUGUUCGAGAAGUGCGCUGUCUCUCUGAUGAUAUGAUGCCGAGCGAGGGAUGUGAAGAACAGCUGAAACCGGAGGACAAAGAGGAGUGCAACCCCGAACCCUGUGUUCCACAGAUCGAUGAAAAGUGUCGAGACAAAUAUUUCAACUGCAACGUGGUGGUCCAGGCCCGCCUGUGUGUGUACGAUUACUAUAAGAAGGCGUGCUGCGUCUCGUGUGCGCGAGUGGCGCAGAGACAGUCGACACACAGGAGCUACAGAUAGGACGGACGCCACAGAGACGUCACCCACGUCCAGUCCUUCGCUGGCAGGCGCUAUAUCAGCAGACGCUGCUUACUGCGUGGACGCAGUGCUGUGGACGCAGGAGGAAAGCGAAAGGGCAGCAACGUGAUGCUCUGAAGAAACAGUCCAAUGCACUUUGUACAUCACUCGACUGAUCUGGAGAUCCAGAAAACGAGCAUCCGUUCAUUUUUCGACAUUCUAUUUAUACGUGUAAGAGGACAAUGAUUAUAGCGUGCCAAAUACACUCCACUCAUGACAUGGUGCUCCGUCAUUAACCCGAGCUGAAGAAUCGGACAGAUCUGUAUGGAAUGUUAUAGCGUGUGUAUAAUAUUUAAUGUACAAUCCUUUAUACUUCAUUAACGAUGCAGCAAAAAGGAAGAGAAAGCGAGGGACUCCAGGACUUGUGACUCUCGCACAGUAUUUCACAUUCAGGACUCCACACGUCCAGUCAAGACACUCCACACACUAAAGGUCAAAUCAAAUCAGUUUUUUUUACCUAUACGUUUUUCAUAUCAUCCCAGCCUUAGAUUAUAACCUGUAUACUGUUUUUAAUAAAGCAACUCCAUUCACAUAUGAGCAAGCAUUCUGAAGAAUACAUAAAGUUCCCACUCAACUACUUUGAUUUUACGGACAAGCGGAAGCUCCGUAGAACCGUGAUGAAGCUCUCCUGUCUCAUGGAUAAACACGAUGAGGAAAGUGGGCGGGAAUUCAUUACGGAAAAGUGUUGUUAUAUUCAUAAAAAUUCCGUUGGAAAAAUUUUUCUCAUACUGCGUUGAAGGAAAUCUGAUUUUUUUUUUUUUCUUCUGUAUUUAUUACAGCAGAGCACUGUUGACUUCUGGAUUCUGAUUGGUCAGAUGGUGUCCAUUAACUUUCUGUAUAACAGCUAUAGAGCAGCAAAUUACAGGUUUAUGUUAACGUGCUUAUGCCGGUAUAUUAUUACGUCUAUAAUAAUUGUGUAAAUGGUGAAGUUAACAUUUUAUGGAAGGAGUCUCUAGUGUCAGAGUUUCAUGAGAGUCAGAGGUAAAGCUGUAACGUUGUCUCAUUAACCGUAAGAGAGAGAGAGAGAAGAGGGUGGGAUUGACUGUUUAUAGCUGCUGGAACAUCACUGAAAACAGGAACUAACGUGUUUUGCAGACAUUUCACAAGAUUAAAUGGAACUGUUAAAGGAUGAAAAAGUACAUGUCUUUCUUUCAUGAAUUAUAAAGGCAAGUGUUGAUAACGAAAUGAAAUUGCUGUGGUAUAAGAGGACAUACUGUUAUAGGAAAGUGAUCAACUAAAGGUAAAGGGAGGGAGCAGGAACUCUAUUACACAAAAGUGGAUCAUGUAAACCUUUUUGUUUUCAAAGAUUCACACCCUGGACUCACAAUGAGUUCUAGCAGUUCAUCUGGAAUGAUUUCCACAGCCCUGAGAGGGGAAGAAGAAACAUAACAGAAGCAUUUUAAGUGCAAAAGAUUUCUGAUUUAUUUCAUCUUCUAAGAAUGAAUGAAUGAAUGAACCAGUUUGCCUGGAGCUCAGUGUGUGUGUGAGUGUUUGAUAAGAAUGUGUGAAUGCAUGUAGACUAACUUUCAGUACAAAAAUUGAUCCCAUACACGAGGAAGAAUUUGUAUAAUAACAUUUUGACUUAGAGUUUUAAGGAAAGGAUGCAAAGAUUUAUCGGCUCUAUACCGAAGCAUAAGCUACACUGACAACCGGAAAAUUACUGAACAUUUUGUGUUUAAUCAUUUUUUUUGUACUUCAAAAUAUAUUUUUUCAAAAAUCUAACCAAGGAAUGUGUAUACGUGAAUCAAGAAAUAUUUAUUAUUACACGCUUACUAAAUUCAGACGUUAGAUUGGAAGAAUCUAGAUCUAAUCUAAUCGGAAAGGUCCUGAAUGUUUAUUAUCUCUAAUUAGGCACUUUAGGCUCGGCGUAUAUAUGCUUUACAGUUAAUACUAGCUCUCUAAAGGAGUCUUUUCUCUGUGGGAUUUAGUGUAUAUGCCUUUAAUACACCACUCAAAUCCUCAAAUCAGACCCAGAUUUAGAUUUUCAUUUUUUUCUUCAUUGUAUUAUUUUGUUUGGUUUGUGGUGAUAAGAAACUUUUGACGGGUUGAAUACAGUGCCUGAUAUUUCAUCUUAAACAUAAUUGGCAUUUUAAUCCGGUUAUAUGAAAUCAUAUCCAGGAUGUAUAGUCAUUUUUGAUUAUUAGAAAACCGUAAUGGUUUAUCAAUAACUGUCAGUUUAAAGUGCGUACCUUGUGUCACUAUGAUCUAGGAGCUCGUUUCCCUCCGUAUCUCAAACAUGUUUUAGUUAGACCCGGCUUUCCUAGUGUUCCAAUCAUGUUUAAAUAGUAAAAAUAAAUAAAUAAAUAACUAUAUUUAAAUAUACAAUAAUUAUUAUUGAUAUAACUAUUAUUGGUAUUAUUAUUGAUAUAAUAAUAAUAAUUAUUAUUAUUAUUAUUGUUGUUGUUGAUAUUAUUAUUAUUAGUAGUAGUAGUAGUAGUAGUUGUUGUAGUAUUUGUAUAUAACAAAAUAACAAAAUAUUUGGUAGCAACAAAUAAAUAAAUUUAAAUAUACAAUAUUAUUAUUUAUAUAAUUAUUAUUGUUAUUAUUAUUGAUAUAAUUAUUGUUGUUAUUAUUAUUAUUGUCAUUGUUGAUAUUGUUAGUAUUAUUAUUAGUAGUAGUUGUAGUAUUUGUAUAUGACAAAAUAACAAAAUAUUUGGUAGCAACAAAACCUGACAAAAUAACUAUCCUAACUAAGUAGUGAUGAGUUCCAGUCUGUAAUGUGCAACACAAUCUGUGUUAAAGAAGUGACCUAUUAUCAAAGUAAAAUCUGUUUCAUUUUAAUGCAUUUCUGUGGUCAGUAAAAUAUUUUGUUUCACAUGAGCAUGGCAGUUUGAACUUUUCUUGUAUCACCCAUCUAUAUUUGUUGUCAUUGUUACUAAGCAGCAGGACAAUUCUCACUAAUUUAUAUUCCUUUAUAUUCUGUUUAUACCUUUUUUUUUUAUUAUUGUUUCAUUAUUUUUAACCGUUUGUAUUGAUGCCGUGAAUUUACUCGUUGUUUACGUUUUGUGUGUCAUGAACCCUAGACUCGUCAUUCAUUCAGAAAAACUGUUACCGUUUUACAGAACUGAUUAAAAACCAGGAUUGAAACGAA